AAGUGUAUAUCAACUUUUCUUUUUAUUUCUAUGUCAAUUCUAACACAAUGCCUAUAACAAAUUUUGUGAGGUAACGCAAAAAUAAUAAAGAAGAUGGAAUAAAGCUUUUUAAGCCGACAGUAUUUUAACGCCAUCUGCCGUCAAUUUAAAAAUGUACACCUCUAUUUGUUUCUUUGUAUUGUAUAGAUUUCUAAAUAUUCUGUUUUUACUUAGAUCGAAAAAACGAUGGAAGAUAAUGAAAUAUCUUUUUGUGUAGAGUGUAGUCAGUGUAAUAUGAUUGUCAAUUAAAAAGUUAUUAUACUUAAUUUAUCAUUGCUUUGUUCUUCAUAUCACAAAUGACGGCUCUCGAUUUUUCAACUUGUUUACUCUUUGAUGUCAUUUUUCAUUCUGUUAUAAUUUUUCCGGUUUAUUCUCAGAACAAUGACAAGCAGGUUUAUUACAUACAAAUGACAAUACAUACAUUUUAAAAUUUUAGAGACUUGAAUUGAAAAUGUUUAAGCAUUACAAAGAUAUUUGCGACGUUGUAUCGUUAUUGGUGCAUUGUCCAUCGGAAAAGUCGUAUUUAUUAACAAAAGAGACUAAUGGGGAAUUUUGGAUACCUUCCAGCAAAGCUGAGAAAAAUUGUUGGAAAUUAACAGCACACAAGAUUAAUUUUGAGUUAUUCGGCAUGGAUGCCGGGCCGCUGUGCGUGCCGCUACGCGUGUAUAAGAUCUGGCUUCCAAACCACUCACUACCAUGCGUCUACCAUGCCGUCUAUAAGGUAUCCAUCAAAUCAGAGGUCAAGAAGAGGACCAAGAUAAAAUCAGGUAUCCGUAACCGUCUCCAAUGGUUCAACACAGUAGAGCUGGAGCGACAAAGAGCGCACUGUACGCUGCGCAGCCCCGAGGUGGCGGUGUUCGCACUAAUGGCUGCUGAAAACCCGCCUAAAGAUCAGGACAAUUCAGAUAUGGAGAGCGGCGCGUUAAUCGAGAUAUGCGAGGAGAAUGUGAUCAUCGGCGCGGACGUGGCCGGCGGAGCGGUGGCUCUCGCCUCGCCCAAUUAUCAGCUGCUGCAGGCUGCGAACUACACGCGGGAGGACCAAGUGCGAAUGUUCCGCGAGUUCGUGCUGAUGGUAUACCCAGCUAUCUACAUGAGUCUGCAUGUGUUUACGCAAUUCAUGAUAGACCUCGGCUGGCAGAGGUCGCAGUGUACAAGCUUGUUCAGGGCUGCAGACGUAACUGGACGCGGAGGACUAUCAUUCCUAGAGCUAAUGUUGUGGACGGCGGCGUUGGAACCUACGACUCAGCACAGCGGCAUACCAGCUGAAAUAAGAUGCAGAUACAUAUUCAGAUACUUCGAUAGCAACCGCGAUUUGAAGUUAGAGUAUGUGGAAUUUAAAGAGCUGGUGGCAGCUGCCCGUGCUGCUAGACAAUUGCCAGUAGACGCUCUCAGCGUCGCUAGAGAUGCGGAUGUCUGUCUCAGACAGUUGGGCAUGCAGCCAAAUUCUCAACUUCCACUGGCGGAAUUCUUACGUGGCGUAGGCGAGCUUCGUCUGCGAGGCACAAGUUCCUUACUGAGGGCACCUAGAAGCAUUACGAGUUACCUCAUAGAUUUGCAAGAGCGCGAUCGAGAAUUGAACCAACUUAAUGCACCAUCUACAUCUAAAUUACUCCAAGGUGUAGGUGGCGGCGGGGUGGGCAGCCGCGCUGACGCGUCUCGCAUGUCGGCGGGCGCGAGCGCGGGGCGGCGCGCGGCGGCGCGGCCCGACUACAGCGUGGCGCUGCACACCGUGCGCCUGCGACGCCGGCCGCCCAACGAGAUGCUGCAGCUCACCACCUUCGACGAGGAUGCAGUUAGCCCGUCGACGGCUAGACUCAUAACCGGUGCUGCCAACUCCUUAGACGUGCUGGGAUCUUCCUCUUCGCCAGUGGAAGCUCUAGCUGCUGUGCACUACUUCGCCACUUGCAUUGAUAAGUCUUCCAAUCGCCGCGACUCGGGCAGCAGUUCAGUGGCGCUGGGCAAGCCGGCGUGGUCGUGGUGCGCGGCGGCGGAGGAGGCGGCGCUGGGCGCGCUGCUGUGGCGGCUGGCGGAGGCGGUGCGGCCGCUGUGCGCCGCCGAGCCGCGCCUGCUCCGGCUCUCGUCGCCACUCUAUGUUAUCGGUGAUCUUCACGGUAACCUACCAGCUUUACUGGCAAUAGAGGCUGCUCUCUGGCCAUCAGGCACCGCCCUCGCCCCCGCCAGACUGCUGUUCCUCGGAGACUACGUGGACAGAGGGCCCCACGGCUCCGAACUUAUGGCUUAUCUUCUGGCGGCUAAGUUGCAGAGACCUCACGCUGUUUCCUUAAUACGGGGGAAUCACGAGACCAGAGAUAUUCAGAAAAUGUUCACAUUUUACAAUGAAUGCGUCGCGAAAUAUGGAGACGUGGAAGGUGGUAAAAUAUGGAAUGCCAUAAAUAACGUAUUCGAUGCGUUACCGCUGGCAGCUGUAGUGGACGACAAGGUAUUCUGCUGUCACGGCGGUAUUCCACCGCCCUGGGUGUGUCCCCUGAUAACCGCUAUAGACAAAGUGCCGGUGCCAUUGCCAAGGCCGGCAGAACAGAGCUCCAUAGCGUGGGAACUUCUGUGGAAUGAUCCAGUAAAGCCUAACAAAAUGACGGCGACCCUGGCGCUAGAGCUGGCUGCAAACGAGGGGUUCGCGGCGAACGCGAAGCGCGGCACCGGACACGUGUUCGACCAGAACGCGCUCGACCGGUUCCUGCUCGCCAACCAGCUCUCACACGUGGUCAGGGCGCAUGAGAUGCACCAGAAUGGGUUCAUGGCGCGUAUCCUUAUGUAUCAAAACCAAUUGAUAGAGUGUUUAAUAGUCUCGGUAACUACUAUGGUGUUAGGGAACAUGUACACCAUGUUUAGUCGAAAUGUGUGCGGAGUGGCCUCAUAUCUUAGAUAUCAACGAUGGGGUUCUUAAUAUUAUGCGGUCGGCUCCUACAUCAAAGGGAUCUAAAGCAUCAAUUAAAGUUGACAUAUGAAGCGUCAUAGUCGCAAACAUACGAAGAAAAUCAGAAGUGAGUAACAUAAAUAGGGUGUUCUAAAAACUUGGAUAUUUCUGAUCCAAAUAUCUAAACUGACAAAAUCAGGCAAAAAACUUACCAGAAAAGAUUAUAUUCAAACAGCUUCCCAUGAAUUACAGUAGGUACCUUAAUUUAAAAUGCCUUCAUCAUCAGCCACAUAAAGUCGACUGUUGAACAUAGACCUCCACUAAAGAUUUCUAGACGGACCUGUCGAAAGCGGCCUGUAUCCAGCGUGUUCCUGCGACCUUUAUCAGGUCGUCUAUCCACCUUGCACGUCGUCCAAUCCAAUUUGAAAUCAAUACUAGUAAGUUAGAAAUCUAGUUCGAGGCAUUGUCCGUGGGGCUCGGCGGCUCAACGUACGUUUGCCGGCAGUGCCAGCUGCGCGGGCGCCUGGUGUCGGUGUUCUCGUCGUACCACUACUGCGGCGGCACCAACGACUCGGGCGUGGCGCUGCUCGAGGGCGGAAAGCUGCGACUUUUGCGAGUUAAUGCCGAUUGAAUAUACUGUUUGAUUCCUUUUGCUAUCGCGUUUUUGAAGUCUACACAAUUUGGGAGUUUGUAAUCAAAAAUGUAUUAUUUAUUGUUUUAUUUUUAUUGCUUUUUUUUUUAAAUAAAAACAUAAAGGAGAA